GAAAAAAAAAUUCUCUUCUUCCUCUUUCACUUUCUCUCUCCUUUACCUUUCCUUUUCCCUUACCUCUACUGCUCUGCAAAACCCAGCCUCUGGGUUUUCUCAAAUGGCAGAGAAGCAAGUAAUGACUGUGGCCGUUGACGAUAGCAAGCACAGCGCCUACGCACUGGAGUGGAUGCUCGGUCACUUCUUUGUUCCUCUAUGUGACACUGCCUUGUUCAAGCUUGUCAUCGUUCACGCCAAACCUUCUGCUACUUUUGCCAUCAGCCUCGCCGGACCUGGUUGCUACGCAUGUGGUUUUCAGUACUUUUACUUGUUGAUUCUUUCUAAUAUUUUCUCCUUUUUGCUUAAUUUUGUUUGGUUUUGAUCGUAGGAGCUGCGGAGAUUUUUUAUUAUGGGUGUUCUCAAACCUAGAUAUGGUUUUCUCAGGCUUGCUGAACUAGCCUUAGUUUGCUCGUUGCUUCUUAUUUUCUUUGUUAAUUUUCUAGUUAUAAUCCAACAAAUCCAUCAAUUUUCUCUAAUCCCAAAUAUCUCCCUUUUUUUGUCUACUUUCUCUCUCUUUCCUAGAUCUAUAAAUACCCAAAAAAAAAAAAAAAAUCGAAACAAGGCAAGAGAAACUGGAAAUCGAUUGGGAUCAUAGCAACAAAAUUGGCUCCCAUAAUUCGCAGGAAAAUCAUUGAUGAACAACAUAGCGUCUCCAUCUUUUCUUCAAAUCUUGCUUUCUCCUUUUUUCCAUUGUUCCAUAGAAUCAUCCGAAGAAGGAGGAGAAAUGGCGAUGGCAGGGCGCAUCAGAUCGAGUCUUCCUUUCUUGAACAAGCUAUUGAGAUCCGAUUCCACCUCCACUCAUGGAUCCUCUCUUAAACAAUCGAUUUCCAAUUUCUCUUACCCUGUUUUAAGAACUAAAUUUGGGUUGGUUUGAGAACCUAGAUCUGAGUUUUGAGAAAACCCAGAUUUUAGUUGAGAACCUAACAAAUUGGUAAGGAAGGA